AAGGAUCUUGGUCCACUUUUUUGCGUGUGUUUUGUGUUCUAUAUAAGAGUGAUAGCCGCGGAUUCGCGUGUCAGAACAGAUCGAGAUGUUGAGGUGGCCAGUGGUUUGCCUGCUGCUCCCGCUUUUGGCCACGGCCAAGAUCUUUGAUCGCUGUGAGUUGGCCAAUUUGCUGCAGCACCGUUUUGGUCUUCCUGCCGCCCAGGUGGCCACCUUGGUGUGCAUUGCCCAGCAUUCGAGUGAUUUCAAUACGGCCGCCAUUGGCGGUGGCGCAGGAUUGGGCGGUGGUUCGCAUGGUCUUUUCCAGAUCAGCGAUGUCUACUGGUGCUCGCCGCCGGGUCAAGGAAAGGGUUGUGGCCUGAGUUGUUCGAGUUUGCGGGACGAUGACAUUGCCGACGAUGUCCUGUGUGUGAGGAAGAUCUAUGCUGAGCAUCAAAGGAUCAGUGGCGAUGGAUUCACCGCCUGGCAGGCUUAUGGCGCUUACUGCCGGCAGGAUGCCAAUUCAUAUGUGGCAGGAUGUGGAGGACAUGGCAGCACCGCCCAUGCGGUAGCUGCGACCUACCAGAGACCGCAACAGGUGCAGGUCCACAGCUAUCCAGUGCAGCAAUACCAUCAGGUGGCUCAAGUCCAGCCGCAGGGAAAAAUCUACAGUCGCUGCGAAUUGGCCCAGGAACUGUAUUACCAACACAAGCUACCCAUGCCGCAGAUUCCCACCUGGGUUUGCAUUGCCCAGCAUGAGUCCUCCUUCAACACAGCUGCCGUGGGUCGCCUGAAUGCGGAUGGCAGUGCGGACCAUGGUCUGUUCCAGAUCAGCGAUCUUUUCUGGUGCACCCAUGACCAGAGGGCUGGAAAGGGAUGCCAUGCCACCUGCAAUCAGUUCCUGGACGCCAGCAUAGCCGAUGAUGUGCAGUGCAUCCGACGGAUACACCAGGAGCACACUCAGAUCUCGGGAGAUGGCUUCAAUGCCUGGACUGUGUACAAAAGGAACUGCCUGAACCAGCACUACGAACAGAUUGCAGCUUGUUUCGGCAAGCCACCGGCUCAUCAACCUCCGCAUCAUCCAAAUGCCAUUGGAGGAGGACCCGUGAAGCCCAAGGUCAGCUAUGCCUAUCAAUAUGGCCAGGUUCUAGUGCAUCAGACGCCAGUUCCUCCUGUUGUGAAUCACUAUUAUCGCCCGCCACAGCCGACGCCCGUUUUGAGUUACCAAACUAAUGUGGCUGCCUAUUCGGGCAAUCCGUUUCUGCGACCACGCCCAGUUAAUCCGCCCAGGCAGCAUCCCAAUGCCAUUGGCAUACCCCUUAAAAACCAAUCCCCUGCCAGCCCAUUCUAUAUUUACAAACAGCAAACACAAUAUCAUCAACCCCAAUAUCAGACACACUUUCAAACACACUAUCAACGCACGGGUAAAGUUUACAAUCGCUGCGAGUUAGCCCAAGAGUUGUAUUUCUCACACAAGUUUCCCAUGCAGGAUUUGGCCACCUGGGUGUGCAUCGCCGAGCAUGAAUCCUCAUUCAAUACGGCAGCUGUGGGUCGUCUGAAUGCGGAUGGGAGUGCGGAUCACGGGCUCUUCCAGAUCAGCGAUCUCUAUUGGUGCACACACAAUGAUGGUGGCGGCAAGGGAUGUCACAUCGACUGCAAUCGCCUGCUGGACUCGGACAUCACGGAUGAUGUCAAGUGCGUGAGGACCAUCCACGAGGAGCACACCAGAAUUUCGGGAGAUGGAUUCACCGCCUGGACUGUCUACAAUGGACACUGCCGGCAGAAAACUAGAGCCGAUAUUGCUAGCUGCUUUGAUGGCAAAGACCUGCCAGCGGAAGUCGCGAAACCAUCGAAGGGUAACGAGCUUGUUAAGAAAACAUCUCCACCUCCGAGGGCAAAAAUCUACGAUCGCUGUGAGCUGGCCAAGGAACUGUACCACAGACAUAAGUUUCCCAUGAGGGAGAUUCCCACUUGGGUGUGCAUAGCCCAACAUGAAUCCUCUUUUAAUACAGCAGCUGUGGGAAAACUGAACUCAGAUGGCAGUGAGGAUCACGGCCUGUUUCAAAUCAGCGAUAUUUACUGGUGUACCCACGAUCAGACCAGUGGUAAGGCCUGCCACAUUGAAUGCGAUCGUUUGCUGGAUUCAGAUAUAUCCGACGAUGUCCAGUGUAUACGCACUAUACACGAAGAACACACACGACUCUCAGGAGAUGGCUUCAAUGCCUGGACUGUCUACAAUGGACAUUGCAGGAAUCAAAACUUGGCGCAAUUGAGUGACUGCUUCGAUGGAAAUGAGAUUUCAGAGGCGGAUAAGGCCAGUCAUUAUGGUGAAAGGCCCCAGGCUCAGCCUAAUCAGUCUGUGCCACAGAAACCACAACACAAGAUAGCAACUAGUCAGAAAUAUGCUGGUAAUCCCUUUUUGCAAAACCUACAAGCUGCCAAGACACCUCAGCCCACCUUAAAUGCCAAUAAGCUAACGAACACUGUAUCAGCUCCCAAGGAGCAAAAAACAAAUAAACUCUAUGCCAACAAUCCAUUUUUCAAUAGUCAACAGCACAAACCGUCUCCCACCACAAGAGCACCUGUUUAUUCUACCCAAAAGCCGAACUAUGAACACAAUCCCUUCCUGAAAGUCCCUGGUUCAGUAACGCCAUCUGUUAAACCUCCACAUGCUUCACAAGAAGUCAAACCUCAUGACAGUAUAUCCUAUGCCCAAAACCCAUUCCUCAGUCUACUGGGCAAACCAAUUAUACCUGCUCAAGCACCCAUCAAGCCCCAGCCCAAGCCUGCGAGCCCAUCUAAGACCACUCAGCUGGUCAAAAGACCCUACGUCAGCAGCGACAGCUUCCGCAAUGAGGUGAUUAAAUUUACGGCCACCUCUGCAGCGGUAGCAACAACAGCAAGCUUUACAAAUAAAUCUGUAACAACAACCACACGGAAACCUCUGACAGCGAGCACAAGAAAACCCGUCUCAACUACGGUCCAAACAACUAGCUUGCCGUUAUGGUCAUGGCAAACUUCUACAACCGCUAAGCCUACAAUAACAGAAAGUGUUAAUCACUAUACAACCUCAACCACUCGAUCGGUGAUAACCAAUAAGCCGAAUACUCGUCCAACCAUUGCGGCAGGUUCACGUGCAACUACUCGGGCAACUACCUGGGCACAUAGCACAACAUCUCAACAAGGGACCUACAUAAACACUCCCCCAACAACGCGUUCGACCAUUCGAUCGUCUACAAUUGGAGCUAUUACAUCAACAACGCGUUCCGGCACAUUCGAUGUAUUUACGACUCGUUCAACAAUUCGCCCAAUAUCUACGAAUCGCCCAACUACUAGUGCAACCACUCAUCCAAUUAGUCGACCAACUACUAGUGCAACUACUCAUCGAACUACUCUUCCAACUACUGGACCAACUACUCGCCAAACUACACGUCAAGCUACUCGUCCAACGACCCGUUCAACUAAUGGGCCAGCUAGCACAACAUUUCAACCAGGGACCUACCUGAACAUUCCCCCAACAACUAGUUCGACCAUUAGAGUCAUUACCUCAACAACUCGUUCCAGCACUAUCCCUGUAUUUUCAACUCGAACAAAAACUCGACCAAUAUCUACGACUCGCCCAACUAUUCGGACAACUACUAACCCAAUUAGUCGGCCAACUACUAAUACACCUACUCGCCCAACUACUCGCCCAACUACUCGUCCAACUACUCGCCCAACUACUCGCCCAACUACUCGCCCAACUACUCGCCCAACUACUCGCCCAACUACUCGUCGAACUACUCACCAAACUACUCGGUACUUCACAACAAUUCGACCACUUACAACCACUCGAUUAAUUCCAACAACCCACCAAUCUGUAAUCACGCCGACCGCAAAUCGAAACGAAGCGAUAUAUUUACCAACAAAUCAUACGGUUUCGACCACUCCUUCAACAACUAAGUCCGCAUACCACUAUGUAUCCAUAAAUAAACCAACCACACCCUCAACCACAAACACCCGUUCAAGGACCACUCCUCAAAAAAGUACCACACCAAGGCCAUACCUAUUUACCUCAACAACGAAGAAGAGUGUCACCACUAAGGAUCCAUUCGAUCAUCCGUUUUUCAAGAAGUUCAAGGCUCAGUUUGAGAAAACUACAACCGCCGAAAAUCAAAAUGCUUCCACGACAUUAGCUGUUAAUCAAAAUCCAACUACCAUUAGUCCAUAUUAUGCAAAAUAUCAGGAAAACAAGGUUAAAACAGGUGAAAAAACCGUGCUCUCUUAUGAAUUUGGUCAAAAAAGAAACACUACAAGUAGGCAAAAAAGUGCCUUUGAUGUAUACCUAAAUUGGAACAAAAAUUAAUGGCAUUUCCAUUAGUGUGACACUUUCGAGUAAAAUGUAAAUAUGCGCUAUUGAUCGAUGUAAACAGCACUAUGCUAAACAUAAUGACAGAAUACUCAUGCAUUAUUACCCC